CGCGGGCGGGAAGUUGAAAGUACGAAUAUUUCAAAUACGUGUAUGUUAUUGUUACUGUAAGGGUAGUCUGUGGAAGAAAGGAUGAGUUUUAUGUAGAGUAAAGGAAGUUUAAAAAUAAGCUGUUAUUAAGAAUGGCGGAUAGAAAUCUGGUGAAGGAGCUGAAACGCUGGGCCACAGAGGAAUUUAAUUUGCCUCCGGAAAGCCUGCCAAAUGAUAACUAUUUAAAAACGCUCUGUGUUGGGACUGGAAAGUCAAUAUGGAAGUACAUGAUCCAACACGUCUUCCAACAGAGGAAUGUGAGGAUCAUGCGAGGGAAUCUUCAGUGGUACAAAGUACUGCAAGACAAACAGCUGAUGCAAGCUGAAGACCAAAGUGAGGCAGCAAAGCAGAAAGAGCUUCGGAGGAAGAUAGAGCAGCUUAAAGUUGAGAUCAGUCACCUGGACUCUCAUAUCAGGGGAACAGAGGAACAAAUGGCCACACAAGAGCAAUCUAUCAAUCGCAUAUGGGUCCAAAUAGAGGAGAACCAGACCCGGGAACUGCUUCUGAGCGCUUUCAGACAGCGCAGGGUCUUCAACCGUAAGGUUCUCUCUGACGACGUGCAAAAGAUAAGCGGCCACUGCCUGGUGCUGGACCAGAUAGCGAGGAAAGCUGAGACUGAAGUGCUGUUUGGAGAUGAGUCCUCCAGCAACAUGGUUGAUGACAACGUCAACUUGAAAGCAGCGGCAGUGCCUCAAGUUCUGCGUGAGCUGAGAGAGCUGAGUGAAGACAGGGUCCACUUCUUUGAUUGUUUACAGGAGAGCGAAGUGAAAAUGCAACAUUCUGUACCCAAAAGCCUGACUCGUGAACAGAGGACGGCUGUGUUUCAGUAUUGGCUCAGCACUGCUGAGAAAGUGUUAAGCAGUUACCCUCCAAGCCAUGUCCUCGGAGCACUGCAGCAUUUGGCUGUAACCGAGCAGAAAGCUUUGCAGGACAAACUAGCUUCUUUGGAUGUGGCGCAGGAUGUGGCAACUCUACGACUCCGAUUUGAAAGCGAUCACCUUUUGGAUAUCUCAGCAGAGGAGUGUGAUGAGUUGCCACCUGUUAAGACUCUCCUAGAGGCUGCUUGGGAGGAGGUGCAGCAGAGUUUGAUGGAGCUGUCGAAAACUCGCUCCAGAGUCCAGCAACUCAAAAAUCUGUUGGAGGCUCGUAAGAAGGAGGCUGAGCAAGAGGUGUCUGGUAUUUCAGAUGAGAACUUCAAUGAAAGUUUAGCACUGUCAGCAUUGGAGGUGGAGCUGCAGUGUGUCAUGCAAGCAGCAGCUCGGGAUCAAAUCAGAGUUCGCUGUAUUCAACUUAACCAACAUGCCAGAAACCGUCAGGAGGCACUAAGAAGCCUUCGCAGCCAGUGGCAGAGCAUUCUGGACUUCAGAGAACUAGUGACUCUAAGACAGGAGCAGUUGAGAGGGCUGAUUAAGGGGAACUCGUCGGCUAAGAUGCAGCUGAUUAAUCUUCAUAGAGAGUUGCAGGAAUUUAUUGAGGUAAAGCUUGUGCCACAGUUUGAGGACGUAGUCGAUGCAGCCAACAGUAUACGAAACUCUGUGUCUAAGGAGGCCAAACAGUUUGGAACGGUUUCACUUCUUGCUUUGGACCGCAGGACUGUAGAUGGAAUGCAACGAGUUCCUGCAUCAUGGUUGUCCAUUCAACGCUUACAGGCCUCAAACUUUGACAGCUUGCGUCAGAGCCUGGCGUUUCCUCUGUAUAAGGCUCCGGAGGAGUUGUGUUCCCAGCAGCGAUCCCAGCAGCUUGAGCUGCGUUUUCUCCGGGAGUUGCUGCAUCUUUACUCCACCACGCUGCAGAAGGUGGAGAAGGACUCUAAACAACUGCAUGCAUCUGAUCAAAAAGCUUUGUUGUCCAAAGUCAAGGAGGAGGAUCAAAAACUUCUGAAGUCUUUGCUACCAAGAGCCAGAGGUCUCACCAACCGCUGUGGUCAGGGUCUUUCUUAUGGAGCCCAAGUCAAGAUCGCCAUCUCUUACUGGUGGGACAAACCAGCCCAGCGUGUUCUACCUGAGCUCAGUAAAGGAGGACUGACUUUCCAACAGUGGCUUCAAAGGUGGAAACUUGCAGCAAAAGCUUCAUAGUUCAUACCUCAGCAGGUUAAAAUGCAACGGACUGCUUUAGUCAUCUUUCAAAUACAAUAUUAUUACACUAUAUUUGUUAGGAAAGUCCGAAAUGCAAGUAAAAAUCUUGUUCUUUUCCCUUGUUUUACACAUCUGUUAUUGCUAAUAUUUGUCAUGUUUAAAUAAUACAUUAAAAUACAAAUUUUGAAUGAA